CAUUAGUGUUUGAUGGCAUCAAGUGUCAGGAACACAAUAUUUUGUUUACAAAAAUUCGACAAGUUAUAUCGAAGCGAUCGUAAAUUGACUGUAAAUUCGUCAACAUGCCAACAUGGAAUCAAAUUCAAUCACAGUUGCGAAAUCCAAACAAUCCGGUUGUGUUUAUAGACGUUGCUGUUGGAACUACGGAGAUUGGUCGCAUGAUAUUCGAGUUAUUUGCUGAUGUUGUACCGAAAACAAGUGAAAAUUUCCGACAGUUUUGCAUUGGAGAACAACGAAAGGAUGGAGUUCCGCUGGGUUACAAAGGCGCCAAUUUUCAUCGAGUUAUCAAAGAUUUUAUGAUUCAAGGAGGUGAUUUUGUGAACGGUGACGGGACUGGCGUCAGCAGUAUUUACUCAGGAUCGUUUCCUGACGAAAAUUUUAUACUCAAACACGAUUCUCCGGGACUGCUAUCGAUGGCCAAUAGUGGAAAAGAUACUAACGGCUGCCAGUUCUUCAUUACCUGCGCAAAAUGCAAUUUUCUUGACAACAAACAUGUUGUUUUCGGUAGAGUGCUGGACGGAUUAUUGAUUAUGCGAAAAAUAGAGAAUGUACCCACCGGACCAAAUAACAAACCCAAACUACCAGUUGUAAUUUCGCAAUGUGGACAAAUGUAACAGACGCUGACGUGCUGAAUAAAUGACUUGCAAGAUGUAUGUUUUGAU